AUGCGAAGAGCAACAAACAGUUUUCCGAGAACGAAAUAUCAAGAAUGCGAACAAUGUUCGCAUCCGUCUGCAACAGGUCCCACUACGGUACUACUACUAGAGCUCUUGGUUUUACGUGGAAGGGUCCUCCUCCAGCGUAAGGGAGCUCCAGGCACAAUGCGAAGGAGUAAGGAGUUGUCUAGCCAGAAUGGUUGCUGCUACACAAGAAUGAUGAAUCUCGUGGAGCGUCUAACCCCACAGAUAGACGUGGCACAUGCAGACAAUCCGAACAAACUGAGAACCAAUGCGAAGAUCUUGUUAGAAAAGUUGAAGAGGCCCGAUGCAGGUGCAACUGGAACUGCAGUACUUCAAAAGUUGCUGUCUUCAGUGAUAGCUAGGUGUGUCGUUCUUGGCGAUGGCUUGGGGCAGUAUGAAUGUGCUGAGAGUCCAGCCUAG